GAGUUUGACUUCGCAAGACAAACGAACCGGAUAUGCACGUGUUACUGGUGUUCCGACCGAAAUGGAGAUUUCGCCUUCACAGGAUUCUCACUUUUGGCUCCGUGUGAGAAGCGUCGACGACCCAUCUCUCUGACAAUAGUACUUUAUUCCAGAGCUGAACUUUAUUGUCUUUCCGGUACAAUACAUCGAGCACCACUGCUUUGGUAUGCAGCUAUAUGACGGCAGCGGCUGAUGAAAACGUCGCUGAUUCUGUGGAUAGUGCUUGCAUCGAUAUCCAAGGAGAAUGCACUCCCUUCUUUUCUUACCACCGCACAGUACAGCGUCACCAUAUUUUCAAUUGCUUUUUGAAGUCGAAGGACACCUCUAUUCUAAAACAGCCAACCACCUAAGGGGUAUCUCGGCUUUAAUGAAAAAAUAUAGAUUUAUCUAAACACAAAAGGCAUGGUUAUCACGUUUGUAUCCAUCAUGUUUGUAUCCAUUACAGUUAAAUAUGGUUAUUUGACCCUACUCACGCGUCGCUUAUGUAGGUGAAGAUAAGCUCAAAUUUGCUCGCAGCGAAAUAGUACUCUUGCUUUGUCUUGCUCCGCAUCGGCAAAUGUCCAUGGAUCCAUACACACCUCAAAACAAUUCGUCUUAACAGUUUUUAGUUCUCGGACAGGCGACCAGAAACGCACGGUCAGAUUCAUCCUACCACAAUAAUCCACCGGCUUCAUUUCCAUAAGAAAUUCAACGUAGGUCUUCCAGCAUGCGGCAUAAACAAGCUCUUGUAACGAUCAACGCUCCAAGUAAAGUAGACUUCUGGUUCAUUAAGCUGACGGUAGGCCACGUCCUUAUGCUUCGUCACAAGCAAAAUUUUCCAAAACACCGCAAGGAUGCCAACCAGAAGAAUUCUAUCGAGUGGUUGACCCGAUCUCGAACUUUGCUCGAUGAAUCCAAUUCUCUUUUCGGAUGUAGAGCCACUGCAGAUAGGUGAACCAAAGAGCUUUGUCGAAAUUUCCAACAGUUUUCCAACCUUGCGUUCUUCGCCAUCGUUUGAGUUGUUGUACAAAAACGGCCAAUUCUUUCAUUCGUUUCUGAUCGAUGGCAUCCGUUUCGCCGCCGCUUUACGCAUCCAUCUUCGUUUGAAAUCACCACCAACACGUGAGUUUGGCCAGUUGAUGGUGGAGGCAUACCCAUCAAUACUUCUUGAUUGACAAGUUAAUUUUAGGGAAACUAAUUAACGCAGUAUUCCAUUUGUCUCCACCCUUUUUAUCUUCACAUCUCGAAGACACUACUGUGCAAGAAGAUUAAUGUUCAAAGGCUUUUAUCUCAAGUGCCACCCGAUAUUGAGCGGCGAUUUCGACAAAUGUGUGAAGGCUCAGGUUCUUAGUAUCUUAGA